ACCUAACCCGGCAGGCGGCGCGGACCCUGGGUCUCAGCUGGAGCAGGAACGGCCCGCGAUCCCACCCUACCCGAGCCCCGCGGCCCAACCUGGCGCCCCUGAGAACCCCCUUCCCUGGCGAGACUGGCAGCAUUUCUUGGACAGGGCCGCGCUCCCGGCUCUGGGCCUGCGGUGCCCGGCGGGCGCCCCCGUCUCCUGGGGGCCUUCAGCCAGCUGUCCUGCUGUCAGCCACAGGGCUCGGGUGCUUAGGCCACCCUCCCGCCGAGCCCUGACCUUGGACCCUGGGCUGCUUCUGGGGGCUGUUGGCGGUGCCGUGCGUCACCUUCCCAGAGCUGGCGGACUGCACAGCCACUGCCCUUCCUGUUUCCAAGCUCCGAAAGGCUCUUGGCAGCACCUGCUGGCUGCGGCUCGGGUUGUGGGCAGGAAAGCCAGGCCCGAAGGCUGUCUCGUGGCUAGGAAGCUCACCCUCUUCCACCUACCCUCUUGGAAUUCCCCGUCCUCGGUCUUACCUGACCCCACCCCCACUAGAAUGUUGCCAGACAAGGCUGAGCUGCUUCUCCGUCACCUGAAUGCCUAGAACAGCGCCUGCUCUGGGCAGGGACAGCACACGUCCCUCCAACUAGCACAAGCACGCGAGCAGAGGUGUCACCGCGAGUGAGACGUAGCAGAGCAGCCUGGCAAAGCCUGAGUGACGAAGGGCUCCGCAGGGUCAGGCGUGAGUGAGCUGCUUCAGCGAGACAACCCACCAGCCCGACCCCUGGCCUCCGUCUGUGCUGGAAAAUGGCCGCCUCGGAGUCGGACUUCAAUCUCAAGGUGGUCCUGGUCAGUUUCAAGCAAUGUCUCAACGAGGCGGAGGAGGUGCAGCUGGACCACUACCUCGCCGGCUGGAGGGGUCUGGUCAGGUUCCUGAACAGCCUGGGCGCCAUCUUCUCCUUCAUCUCCAAGGACGUGGCGACGAAGGUGCAGAUCAUGGAAGGCCUGUGCGGCGGCCCCGGGCGGGAGCACUAUAGCACCCUGCAGUCCAUGGUGGCCUAUGAGGUGGGCCACAAGCUGGUGGACUUGGAGCGGCGCGCCCGCUACCCUGACUCGGGCUGUCGGACGGUGCUGCGGCUGCACCGGGCCCUGCGCUGGCUGCAGCUCUUCCUGGAGGGCCUGCGCACCAGCCCGGAGGACGCCAGCACCGCCACACUCUGCACCGAGUCCUACAACGCCUCGCUGGCCGCCUUCCACCCCUGGAUCGUCCGCCGGGCCGUCACCGUGGCCUUCUGCACGCUGCCCGCACGCAGGGCCUUCCUGGAGGCCAUGAACGUGGGGCCCCCCGAGCAGGCUGUGGAGAUGCUGAGCGAGGCCCUGCCCUUCAUCGAGCGUGUGUACAGCAUCUCCCAGAAGCUCUAUGCCGAGCACGCCCUGCUGGGCCUGCCCUAGGGGCUAGAGGCCGGGGCAGCUGGGCUGUCAGUCCCAGGAGAGGGAGGACCACUGUUCCCCUGCGGACGAGGCUUGGGGAGUGACAGGCUGCGUGGCCCACUGCAAGAAUGCAGGUCUGGCCGUGCGCUCCACACCCGUCCCCUCACUCUGCCUGGGCCUCCUAGCUUUCCGCUCGGCCAGGUCCCUGUGUGUGCAGUCAGGCGUCACCCAGUGGGUAACGUGCAGAAGGCGGGGGGGGCGGUGGUACAGGACCAGCGUCCUUGCAGAAGCCCAGGAGGCUACCUUGGCCUGUGUGUGGUCUGUGAGAUGGGGCGAGUCACAGGUCCCAGGAGGGCAGACUUUGCCAGUGAACAUGUCCAGCUGUUUGUGUCCUUUCCAGACCCGGGAUGCAAUGUCUGCCCAGGGGUGCUACUUCCGGCCCCUCCGUGCCAUGCAAGCAGUCCCCAGGCCAGGGAGAGAAUCUCUGGGCAGUGGCUGGCAUUGCAGCCCAUUCCCUGCCCCUCACCUUGUUAGCCAGGGCCCCACGUGUCCGCAGCAGUGACAGUGGGAGCCGAAGCCCACGCACAGGCCUGCACUUCCUCUCCCUGCACACGUCUGCUGCCUCCUGCAGCCACACCGCCCAGGGCUCCCCAGGCAGCUGCCUGUGAGCCUGCAUAGCACAACCCCAGAGCCCCUGGGGGCCCGUGACCGCUGGGCCAACUGGCUUCUCCCUCCUCAGGGUCCAGCAAGAUGCUGCAUUCACUAUUCUCUGCCCCUCACCGCUCUAUCUCCGCGGAGCUCAGGAGACCCAGGGUGCAUGGCAGAUGGAGGGGCCUGGACCCCUUUGCCUGCUACGGUGGCAGACAGCCAUGCCCGGCCCAGCCAUCACCGAGCGCUUGGGAGCCUGGCCCGUUCCACUGGUUCUUCAUGGAGAUCCCAGGUCCAUGGUGCCAAGGGAGCGAUGUCCACCACACAGCAGUUGGGCAUACGUGGGGGCUUGUAGGACCCUUGGAGACCAAUACGGGUGGUGGUUUUUCCAAUGUGAAUAAAUUGCGAUUGCAGAACCAGA